GUUUUCUCAAAGCGAAAAACAAAAGAAAACAAUAUCAAAACUCAAAACCCCCCCGAAAACUCCAACUUUCGAUCAGCAAUGGCCUCAACGGUGAUCGUCUUCGACUUUGACAAGACCAUCAUCGACGUCGACAGCGACAACUGGGUUGUCGACAAUCUUGGCGCCACCGAGCUCUUUGAGCAGCUCCUCCCUACGAUGCCCUGGAAUUCUCUCAUGGACAGGAUGAUGAGGGAGUUGCAUUCACAGGGGAAGGCAAUUGAGGAGAUUGCAGAAUGCUUGAAGACUGCCCCUUUGGAUCCCCAUGUGAUUUCAGCCAUCAAAACAGCUCAUUCUCUUGGGUGUGACUUGAGGGUGGUGAGUGAUGCCAACUUGUUCUUCAUUGAGACAAUCCUUAAGCACCAUGGAAUUUUUGAGUGCUUCUCUGAGAUCAACACAAACCCUGGCUAUGUUGAUGAAGAGGGGAGGCUGAGGAUUUUUCCUUACCAUGAUUUCAACAAAUGUUCACAUCGUUGCGGUCUUUGCCCUCCAAAUAUGUGCAAGGGCAAGAUCAUAGAAAGAAUCCAAGCGUCAGCAGUCUCCGAAGGCAACGAGAAGCGUGACAAAGGUCACCUCCAUAAUAUACCUCUCGAUAUGACAUGA